GAAACACCGGGGACCCCCCUGCGUGACGUCAUGCCGACCGUGCUGGGCCUGGAGGGCUCCGCCAACAAGGUGGGCGCGGGGGUGGUGCGGGACGGCGCCGUCCUCAGCAACUGCCGCGCCACCUACGUCACGCCGCCGGGACAGGGCUUCGCCCCCGGCCCCACCGGGCGGCACCACCGGGCCGUGCUGCUGGGCCUGGUCCAGGCCGCGCUGCGCGAGGCGGGGAUCGAGCCCCGGGACCUCGACGGGGUCGCUUUCACCAAGGGCCCGGGCAUGGGGUCCCCCCUGGCCGUGGUGGCGGCCGUGGCGCGGACCCUGGCGCAGCUGUGGGGGCGCCCCCUGCUGGCCGUCAACCACUGCGUGGGACACAUCGAGAUGGGGCGGCUGCUCGGCGCCGCCCCCGACCCGCUCGUGCUCUACGUCAGCGGCGGCAACACGCAGGUGAUCGCCUAUUCCCGGCGCCGGUACCGGAUCCUGGGGGAGACCCUGGACGUGGCCGUCGGGAACUGCAUCGACCGAUUGGCCCGGCUGCUCCAGAUCCCCAACGCCCCCAGCCCGGGCUACAACGUGGAGCAGCUGGCCAAGAGGGGCCGCCAGCUGAUCCCGCUGCCCUACGUGGUCAAGGGGCUGGACGUGUCCUUCUCGGGGCUCCUGUCGCAUCUCCAGGCAGUGACCCCCAAAUUGUUGGAGUCGGGGGAGGCGACUCCGGAGGAUUUGUGCUUUUCCCUGCAGGAGACAGCGUUCGCCAUGCUGGCUGAGGUGACCGAGCGGGCGCUGGCGCUGACCCGGGCGAGGCACCUGCUGCUCGUGGGGGGCGUGGCCUGUAACCACCGGCUCCAGGAGAUGCUGCAGACGAUGUGCAGAGCCCGGGGGGCUGAGCUGUGCCCCAUAGAUGACAGAUAUUGCAUCGACAACGGAGCCAUGAUCGCCCAGGCUGGGUGGGAGAUGCUGAGGGUGGGGCAGGUGACAGAGCUCAGCCAAUCAGGGAUCACGCAGAGGUACCGGACGGAUGAGGUGGAGGUGACCUGGAGGGACUGAGGUGACCACGCCCUCAACCGGCCCCGCCCAAUAUGGCCACGCCCAUGUAAUAAAAGACGCCCCUCCCCUAA